CAACGCAAAUCGCAUCCACCCCCUCCUCCUCCGAUCCAUCAUCAUGGCGGACCUCUUCGAAUCCUACUCCUCCGACCUCAAACAGCUUCUCAGCUCCCUCCAAUCCCACCUCUCCCCCUCCACCCUCCAGUCCCAAUCCGGCGAGGCACGUAAAGCCACCUUGCGACGAUGUGAGAUGGAACUGGAUGAGGCCGAGGAGAUCCUCGCGCAGAUGGACAUCGAGGUUCGGGGUUUCCCACAGAGUGUCAAGAACAAGUACAGCGUGCAAUUGAGGGGGUUUAGGGGAGAGGUGGAGAGAGUCGGGGAGCAGGUGCGAUCCCAAAUGUCCCGCCCAGCAGGCAGUGGGUACGAUCCAUCGAACCCAUUUGCUGAAUCCAGCAGCGGCGCAGGUAACGACGCCGACCUGGAGCGCCAAUCACAACGUCAGCGCCUCCUCCAAGGCACUGCAACGCUCGAGGACGGGCAACGACGCCUCGAAGAGUCGAAUCGCAUCGCACUCGAGACGGAGGAUCUGGGAGCGGAUAUCCUGCGUGACCUGAGGGGACAGAGGGAGCAGAUUGAGCACUCUAGGGAUACAUUGAGGCAGGCGGAUGGCAAUCUUGAGAGGAGUAGCAAGACGUUGACGACGAUGAUUAGGAGAUCUGAAUCUCUCUUUGGAUGGCUAUGGUGACCCGGGAUGCCCUUUUGUUCUCCUCCCUCUCGACCCAUGAUACCCCUCUUCCGUCCCUCUAUCACUCGCACAGAGCAAAGCAACAAAAGCUCACCAUGGUCGGCAUCA